UUUGCAGCCCCCUAUAGCCCCGUCUAGGGCCGAGAACGGAAGUGAACGGGCAACUCUGCAGCGGGAAUUAUUGGAAAAGAACGGCAUUAUUCUUGAUCUCCGCUUUGAGCGUGAGGCGCUGCAACUUAAGGUUGGACGUCUGGAGCGACACAUUGAGGAAAUAAUUCAGGUAGACUCAACCAACACAAAACGCACGGGAACUUCACAGCAACGGAGUCGUGCCGAGGCGUUGGAGUCUUUGGUUGAAAAUCUGAAGCUUGUUGUCGAGCGUCUUCAGAAGGAGAACAAUGCGCUGAAGUCGAAGACUGUAAGUAUGUCAAAGCACAUGGAUCUUGUGCGAGAGCUUCGUGAACUCCGGCGAAGUGAACAAAAACUCCGCGAGCAUUCGGAGAUGUUGACAAAGCGCCUCUUAGGCUCCGCACCUAGCGGAAGCGCCAUGUCAAAACAACAAGUGACACUCCAGCGGAGGCUGCAGACGGCCCAAGCGACCAUGGAGCAGUAUGAGGCGGAAAUGCUUGAACUAAAACAAAAGCUUGAUGAUCGCCAGCACGCAGUGGAAGGGAAGGAGUUCAUGCCGUCUGGGCAAAGGCAUCAGGAACAGUUGCCAGAGUGGGAAAAUCGCCGCUUGGUGCAGCCAAUUGAGACAUGGUCUCAAGACCUGCCGCCGCCUCUGCCCAGCCCGCCGGUGACGCUCACCGGGGAAGAUUCCUUUGGUUAUCUGAAAUAA